UGGAGCAGGGAGCUCAAGAGGAAUUAGCUGCAGCAGUAUGGAAGAUACACAGUCAGGUAUGGACCUAAGUAAUUCUCAGGAACAGCAAAUGGCUACAGAAGGACAGGAAGUAUUGACAGACUGUAAUUCAAACAAAUCCCGGGAUGUGGAAAAUAUGGAUAAAGGGGAAGACAUGAAGGAGCAUAGUCAACCUAAUGAAGAAGCAGGAGAUGAUUUGGUUAAAGUGAAGGGAGAAUACAGUGAAAGAGAAGAGAAUUCAUUGAAUUCAGAGCUGAUGGAAAAUACAGAAGAGCCUGAAGCAUCUUACACUUAUCCAAGAGAAUAUAAUGAAUAUGAGAGCAUUAAGCUGGAGAGACAUUCUGGUCCAUAUGACAACAUCAGGCCAACUAGUGGAAAGAUGAACUGUGAUAUCUGUGGCUUAGCCUGCAUUAGCCUCAAUGUUUUGAUGGUUCACAAGCGCAGCCACACUGGUGAACGGCCAUUCCAGUGUAAUCAGUGCGGAGCUUCCUUUACUCAGAAGGGUAACCUUCUCCGCCACAUUAAACUACAUACAGGGGAAAAACCUUUUAAAUGUCAUCUUUGCAGUUAUGCCUGCCAAAGGAGAGAUGCGCUAACAGGUCACUUAAGGACACAUUCUGUGGAGAAGCCAUACAAAUGUGAGUAUUGUGGACGGAGUUACAAGCAAAGAAGCUCAUUAGAGGAGCACAAAGAGCGAUGUCGGACUUACUUGCAGAGCGCUGGCAUGUGUGAGCCUGCAAGCGUGGAGGCAAGGCACAUCAAAGCAGAGAUGGGAAGUGAAAGAGCACUCGUGUUGGACAGGUUAGCGAGCAACGUGGCAAAGCGAAAAAGUUCAAUGCCUCAGAAAUUUAUUGGUGAAAAGCGACAUAGCUUUGAUGUUAAUUACAGUUCAAGUUACAUGUAUGAAAAGGAAACUGAGAUGAUGCAGGGACGUAUGAUGGACCAAGCCAUAAAUAAUGCCAUCACCUACCUUGGGGCAGAAGCACUGCGUCCUCUUGUGCAAACCCCACCAGCUCCCACUUCUGAAAUGGUCCCUGUCAUCAACAGCUUGUAUCCAAUACCACUCACCCGCUCUGAAAUGUCAAAUGGCAACUCACAAGAUACAGAAAAGAGCCAUGCCCACCUGAGGGACAAAAGUCUGUCUUCUGACAGAGGUCUUUCCCCAAACAACAGUGGUCAAGAUUCCACAGACACUGACAGCAACCAUGAGGAGCGCCAGAAUCAUACCUACCACCAAAACCAAAUGAUACCUCCCCAGGCCCGCAAUGGUCUCCAGUCCUUGAAGGAGCUCCCAAGGUCAUAUGACAUCAUCAAGCCGCCAACUAUAUGUCCACGUGAUGCCUUUAAGGUCAUCAAUAAGGAAGGUGAAGCCAUUGGGGUCUACAGAUGUGACCACUGCCGUGUCCUCUUUUUGGAUUAUGUGAUGUUUACCAUUCAUAUGGGAUGCCAUGGAUUCCGUGAUCCUUUUGAGUGCAACAUGUGUGGCUACAGAAGCCAUGACAGAUAUGAGUUCUCCUCACAUAUAGCACGAGGAGAGCAUAGAGUGUUACUGAAGUAAAAAGGAUUAUUUUUUCUAAGACCAGAACAUGGGUAUUUUAGAUUUA